UCCUACGCCCCUCACAUGGCGGGUGCCAAUGAGUUUGGCACACGGGUACCGGAAGUGUCAAUGGACUAUGGAGCCACGGAGACGCCUCCCUUGGUCCUCGCGCAUGCGUGGGUGGCGACGGCCGGGAAAGCGCAGGAGUCCGGUGUGUUGCUGCUGCCCGGCAGACGUGCUUUUGGAGAGGCUUGGCUGGAUACCUGCGAAGCACGUCCAGGAAUGACUUCUUUGGGGACCAGCAGUCAGACAGCAACUGAAUAUGUGGUCCGUGUUCCCAAAAACACCUCCAAAAAAUACAACAUCAUGGCAUUCAAUGCUGCUGACAAGGUGAACUUUGCAACUUGGCACCAGGCAAAGAUGGAGCGAGAUCUCAGCAACAAGAAGAUCUACCAGGAAGAAGAGAUGCCGGAGUCAGGAGCUGGCAGCGAGUUCAACCGCAAGCUGCGUGAGGAGGCGCGGCGCAAGAAAUAUGGCAUCAUCUUGAAGGAGUUCAAGCUUGAAGACCAGCCCUGGAUCCUGAAAGUCAAUGGCAAGACUGGGCGCAAGUUCAAAGGUGUGAAGAAGGGUGGGGUGACCGAAAACACCACCUACUACAUCUUCACCCAGUGUCCAGACGGCGCCUUUGAAGCCUUCCCAGUCAACAACUGGUACAACUUCACACCCAUUGCCAAGCACCGCACAUUGACUGCAGAGGAAGCUGAGGAGGAGUGGGAAAGGCGGAACAAGGUUCUGAACCACUUUACCAUCAUGCAGCAGCGGCGGCUGAAAGACCAAGGCGAUGAAGAAGAGGAGGAGAAGGAGAAGAAAGGCAAAAAGAAAGGGAGCGAUCUAAAAAUCCAUGACCUGGAAGAUGAUCUGGAGAUGAGCUCGGAUGACAGCGAGUUCAGUGAUGCGGAUGAUGAGAAACCCAGCAAGCCCAAGAAGAAAGCCCCUCUGACAAAGAAGAAAAAGAAGAAGAAGGGAUCCGACGAUGAAGCCUUUGAAGACAGCGAUGAUGGGGACUUUGAAGGGCAAGAGGUUGACUACAUGUCUGAUGGAUCCAGCAGCUCUGCGGAAGAAGCCGUGGGCAAGCCCAAGGUCACCAAAGAGGAAGACACCCCAAAAGGCAUAGACGAAGCAAGCGAGAGCAGUGAAGAGAGUGAGGAGGAUAAGCCAGCAGAGGAGAAGGAAGAAGAAGAAGAAGAGAAGAAGGCCCCAACUCCCCAGGAUAAAAAGAAAAAGAAAGACACCAGCGAUGAGUCUGAGACAUCUGAGGACAGCGACAUUGACAGUGAAGCAUCUUCAGCACUCUUCAUGACGAAAAAGAAGACUCCUCCCAAGAAGGAACGCAAGGGCUCGGCUAGCAGCUCACAAGGAAACAGCCGACCAGGGACGCCCUUGGUGGAUGCCGGAACCUCAUCCACCUUGCGGGCCGCAGCCAACAAACUGGAACUAGGAAAGCGGCAGGCAGGGUCCAGUGAGCUACCCGCAGCAAAGAGGCUGAAGUUGGACGCUGGGCCCCAGGCCUCCACCACCUCUGGGAAAUCUACCCCCCAGCCACAGUCGGGCAAGUCAACACCCAGCAGUGGCGAUGUGCAGCUGACGGAGGAUGCCGUGCGCCGCUACUUGACCCGAAAGCCCAUGACCACCAAGGAUCUGCUGAAGAAAUUCCAGACCAAGAAGACGGGGCUGAGCAGUGAGCAGACGGUCAAUGUGCUGGCCCAGAUCCUGAAGCGCCUCAACCCCGAGCGCAAGAACAUCAAUGACAAGAUGCACUUCUUCCUUAAGGAGUGAGGAGGGCAGAGGCUGGGCCAGACACAAACUGCCACCCACCCUCCUGCUGGGCAGCUCUGAGCCCCCUUACCUUUGGGGGUGGCUACAUCCUAGAACCAUGUGAACUGGCAUUCAUACCCUUUGGGGAAAGCGAAAGAGCCAGUCUCCUACCUAUGUGCUGGUGGCCCCCUUGGGAUUCAGGGGGUGGCGAAAGGGGGCAGAAGACUGGGGCAUUGAAGCCAUGAUCUCUCUGAAUAGGAAUACUUUUCUCUAUCAUGUGGAGGAGUUGACAAAUGAAAUGCUGCCAUUUUUAGAAUAAACGGGAAUCUUUUUACACGCAA